AAAGCAGCAGGAGCGGCGGCGGCGGCGGCGGCAGGAGCAGCAGGCUCCCCGAAGUCUUUGCCCCUGCGUCAACCAUGAACGUGUCUCAGAAAGGUUAAUACAGAGAAGCCAAGAUCAUGGGGAAUUCAUAUGCAGGGCAACUGAAAUCUGCCCGAUUCGAAGAAGCGCUUCACAAUUCAAUAGAAGCAUCCCUGAGAUGUAGUAGUGUGGUACCAAGGCCAAUUUUUUCUCAGCUCUACUUAGAUCCUGAUCAGCACCCAUUCUCUCCUGCAGAUGUCAAACCUAAAGUGGAAGAUCUGGAUAAAGAACUGGUACACCGCUACACUCAAAAUGGGAGUCUGGACUUUUCUAACAAUCCAACUGCUAAUGAAAUGGAAGAUGAAGAGGAAGAUGAAGACAUGUCAGAUUCAAAUAGCCCACCAAUUCCCUAUUCACAAAAACCUGCCCCAGAAGGGUCUUGCACUACAGAUGGUUUUUGUCAAGCAGGAAAAGAUUUACGUUUAGUGUCCCUGUGUAUGGAACAAAUUGAGAUCCCAGCAGGUUUCCUGCUAGUGGGUGCCAAGUCUCCAAAUCUUCCUGAGCAUAUUUUAGUUUGUGCUGUAGACAAGAGAUUCCUGCCAGAUGAUCAUGGAAAAAAUGCACUUUUAGGGUUUUCUGGAAACUGCAUAGGCUGUGGAGAAAGAGGAUUUCGGUAUUUCACGGAAUUUUCCAACCAUAUCAACUUGAAGCUCACCACGCAGCCCAAAAAGCAGAAGCACUUAAAGUACUACCUAGUCAGAAGCUCCCAGGGUGUCCUGUCAAAGGGGCCUCUUAUUUGUUGGAAAGAAUGUAGAAGCCGACAAUCCUCUGCUGCUUGCCACUCUGCUAAACCAAAUUCUUCAGUGUCAUCAACGGUAACCCCAGAAAACGGAACAACAAAUGGAUACAAAUCAGGAUUCACUCAAACAGACUCACCAGUCCUCAGUCCAGCUAAUUCUGCUGUUAAUUUAAGUGGAACUCAGGAGCUGCCCAGGAACAAGAACCUUGUGAAACCACUGGCUUUAUCUUUGCAGAUUGUAGGGAAGACGUUCACUUCAGAUGUUGCUAAUGGGAACAGUAGUAAUGGAGGAAGAACAAAUCCAUCUAGCUCCACCCCCACUCGCCCAGUGCCUCAUUCUGUGUCACCCAGACCUGGCUUUGCUGCAGGAGACCAAGCAUCCAUGUCCAGUUCAGGGCCACCAAAGAAACGACACCGGGGAUGGUAUCCUGGGUCACCUGUCCCUACACCUGCUUUAGUUGUUCCUGUUCCUACAAUUCGACCUCUUGCAAGAACUGAACCCCUUUUAUCUGUCCCAGUUCCUCAGUCCAUGUUAACUGGAAUUUUACAACCUCGGCCCAUUCCUGCAGGGGAAACUGUAAUUGUUCCUGAAAACUUGCUGAGUAACUCAGGAGUCAGACCAGUGAUUCUGAUAGGUUAUGGCACUUUACCCUAUUUCUAUGGAAACGUCGGUGACAUUGUAGUCAGUCCCUUGCUUGUGAAUUGCUACAAGAUUCCGCAUCUGGAAAAUAGAGAUUUGGACCAGUUGGGAUUGAAUGGAAGCCAGUUAUUGAGCGUGGAAAACAUGAUUCUUUUAACUAUACAGUAUCUUGUGCGGCUGGGUCCUGACCAGAUACCUCUCAGGGAAGAAUUUGAGCAGAUCAUGCUGAAAGCUAUGCAGGAAUUUACUCUGAGAGAGAGAUCCUUGCAGAUGAGUGCUCAGUGUAUCGCGGUGUCACCAGGUCAACUCCCCUGGCUGGCUAGACUAAUUGCCAGUGUAUCUCAAGACUUGGUUCAUGUGAUUGUCACUCAGAAUUCUCUGGCUGAGGGCAUUUCAGAGACACUGAGAAGUCUCAGUGAAAUGAGACAUCAGCAAAGACUACCAGACUACGUGGUGGCAAUCUGUGCAUCAAAGAUCAGAGGAAAUGAAUUUUGUGUGGUGGUCCUAGGUCAGUAUCAAUCCAGAGCCUUGGCAGAGAGCAUGCUUACUACAAGUGAGUUUUUGAAAGAGAUUAGUUAUGAGCUCAUCACAGGAAAAGUCAGCUUCCUGGCAUCCCAUUUCAAAAACACAUCUUUAGGUGAUGAUCUAGAUAAAUUGCUAGAGAAAAUGCAACAGAGAAGAGGGGACAAUGUGGUUACCCCUUUCAAUGGUGAUGUUAAUGAAUGUGUACCAUCUCAAGAGGCAGCUGCCAUGGUUCCCACACAGAGCUUGGAUGUAGAUGACACCUUCCAAAUAUAUCAACCACAGCUCACAGUUGCCAGAAAACUCUUAUCUCAGGUGUGUGCCAUAGCAGACAGCGGCAACCAAAGCCUGGACCUGGGCCAUUUCAGUAAGGUGGAUUUUAUCAUUAUAGUCCCACGUUCAGAAGUUCUAGUCCAGCAAACUCUUCAACGAAUUCGACAAUCAGGUGUUCUUGUCGACUUGGGUCUGGAAGAAAAUGGAACGGCUUAUCAGAGAGCGGAGAAAUAUGUUGUUCGGCUGGACAAUGAGAUUCAAACCAAGUUUGAAGUUUUUAUGAGGAGGGUCAAACAGAAUCCAUACACAUUGUUUGUCCUGGUUCAUGACAACUCUCAUGUGGAGCUAACAAGUGUCAUCUCGGGCUCUCUGUCCCAUGGGGAGCCAAGUCAUGGGUUGGCUGAUAGAGUUAUUAACUGCCGGGAAGUCCUUGAAGCCUUCAACCUCCUUGUGCUGCAAGUUAGCUCCUUCCCAUAUGCCCUGCAAACACAGCAGUCCAGAAUAAGCUCUGCCAAUGAAGUGCACUGGAUACCACUGGAUGGUGUGGAGGAAAUGGGCAGUGAGGAGAAGCUGUAUUUUGGCUUGAACGAGUACAGCAAAUCCCUGCAGUGGGGAAUCACUAGUCCACUUCUAAGAUGUGAUGAAACUUUUGAGAAAAUGGUCAACACACUCUUAGAAAGGUACCCCAGGCUUCACAGCAUGGUUAUACGCUGCUACCUUCUCAUUCAACAGUACUCAGAAGCGUUGAUGGCCCUGACCACCAUGGCAUCUCUCCGAGACCACAGUACACCAGAAACACUCAGCAUCAUGGAUGACCUCAUCAGCUCUCCAGGAAAGGACAAGAGUGGGCGGGGGCACAUGCUGAUCAUUAGGGUGCCUUCGGUGCAGCUGGCUAUGCUGGCAAAGGAGAGGUUGCAGGAGGUGCGGGACAAGUUGGGCCUCCAGUACCGUUUCGAAAUCAUCCUUGGGAACCCAGCUUCAGAACUGACAGUCGCCAGUCACUUUGUGGCACGAUUAAAGAGUUGGAGAGGACAUGAACAAGAAGAGUGGAUCCCUCGGACCUAUCAGGAUUUAGAAGGUCUGCCUUGUAUUGUAAUAUUAACUGGAAAAGACCCUCUUGGAGAAACAUUUCCCAGGUCCUUGAAGUACUGUGACCUCCGGUUAAUUGACUCGAGCUAUUUAACUCGAACAGCCUUAGAACAGGAGGUGGGCCUGGCCUGUUGCUAUGUCUCCAAGGAGGUCAUCCGAGGACCCAUUGUUGCCCUGGAUCUUAGUGAGAAGGAGCAUGAGAGAGCCAGCAUCAGUGAAAACGACUCUGAUGAAUUGCUGAUUGAUUUGGAGAGACCCCAGAGCAAUAGCAGUGUGGUCACAGGAACUUCUGGUUCCAUAGCAGAGAAUGGAGUGAGCUCUUCUUGUGCAGCCCAGAAGCAGCCCUCAACCCUCAGCAUCCAAAAUGCAGCCCACAGCUCAAGGCUGGAUGAGGGGGUUUCUCUGGAACCUGCCGCGGGGGAACCCUUAAAGCAAGAGUGUGAUUCCCUGGGCCAUCAGAUGGCAAGCAGCACCACCCCCAAGCCUUCCUCUUCCUCCUCCACGUCCCGGACUUUCCAGUGGACAGGGCAACCCCUCAAAGGCUGCAGGGAUAUGCAUGUGUCCUUGCCACGCAUCGUGAUACUGUCCAAAGCCGCCUACUCCCUCCUGGGCUCUCAGAAGAGCGGGCAGCUGCCUUCCUCUUCUUCCCUCCUUCCCCACGCGGAUGUGUCAUGGGUGAGCUCUUUGAGACCCUGUCUGCACAAGGAUAUGACCAGUGAGGAGCAGUCCCUCUACUACCGACAAUGGACAGCCGCCCGGCAGCAUCAUGCUGACUACAGCAACCAGGGGGAUGCCCCUGGCCCCCGGAGCUUCCAUCCCCGCAGGCUGCUGCUCACGGGGCCCCCGCAGGUGGGAAAGACUGGCUCCUAUCUGCAAUUCCUCAGAAUUCUCUUCCGCAUGCUCAUCAGGUUACUGGAGGUCGAUGUGUUUGACGAGGAAGAGAUUAAUAUCAGUCACAGUGAGAACAGUGAGACGAUCAGUCCACCAGAGAGGGAUCACUGGCCCGACAUUGAGAACUUUGGCAAAAUGCCUUUUAAUGUCAGUGUACAUGAUCCCAAGUACAGUCUGAUGAGUCCAGUGUACACUGAAAAGUUGGCUGGAAUCAAGCAAGAAGCAAAAAAGGAAGCCAAAUUGGAGGAACCCAUGAAGCGAGAGACCGUCUCCAUGAUGCUAACCAAGUAUUCUGCUUACAACACAUUCCAUCACUGUGAACAAUGCCACCAGUACAUGGACAUCCACCCUGCGUCCCAGAUGUCCGACUCUACCCUUCACGCAUUCACAUUCUCUUCCUCCAUGUUGGGAGAAGAGGUUCAGCUCCACUUCAUCAUCCCCAAAUCCAAAGAAAGCCAUUUUGUCUUCAGCAAGCAAGGCAAACACCUGGAGAGUAUGCGGCUGCCUCUGGUGUCUGAUAAGAAUUUGAAUGUAGUCAAGAGCCCAAUCUUCACUCCUUCCAGUGGCCGACAUGAACAAGGCCUGCUGAACCUUUACCAUGCAAUGGAAGGCAUCAGCCACCUUCAUCUCCUAGUGGUCAAAGAGUAUGAGAUGCCACUGUAUCGCAAAUACUGGCCCAACCACAUCAUGCUGGUGCUUCCUGGCAUGUUCAACAAUGCUGGUGUUGGUGCAGCAAGGUUCCUCAUUAAAGAGCUCUCCUACCACAACCUCGAACUGGAGAGAAACCGCCUGGAGGAACUGGGAGUCAAACGUCAAUGCGUCUGGCCUUUUGUAGUAGUCAUGGAUGACUCCUGUGUCCUGUGGAAUCUUCACAGUGUUCAGGAACAAUCCAGUAGCCAGUCCAUGGAUCUAGGGAUUACCAGUAAGAAUGUGUCCUUAAAGACUGUCCUGCAGCAUAUUGAAGCCACCCCGAAGAUCGUGCAUUAUGCCAUCCUGGGGAUACAAAAGUGGAACAGCAAGCUGAAUUCUAAAAGCCUCAAGUCUCCCUUCUCUCGGUGCCACGUGCAUGACUUCAUACUACUCAAUAUAGACUUGACGCAGAACGUGCAAUAUGAUCUCAACAGGUACUUCUGUGAAGAUGUUGACUUUAACUUGAGAACCAACAGCAGUGGCCUGCUUAUUUGCCGAUUUAACAACUUCAGUCUCAUGAAAAAACAUAUCCAGGUUGGAGGACAAAAGGACUUUAACGUCAAACCCAAAAUCAGUCUUUCUGAAAGCAUAGCACCCAUCCUGCCUCUUCAAUAUGUCUGCGCUCCAGACAGUGAGCACACUCUACUAGCAGCUCCAGCCCAGUUUCUCCUCGAAAAGUUCCUUCAGCAUGCCACAUACAAACUCUUCCCAAAAGCCAUCCAUAAUUUCAGGAGCCCCAUCUUGGCCAUCGAUUGCUACCUGAACGUUGGACCAGAGGUGGCCGUAUGCUAUGUUAGCUCCAGACCACACUCCAUCAAUGUCAACUGUGAAGGGGUAUUUUUCAGCGGACUCCUUUUGUACCUCUGCGACUCUUUUGUGGGUGCUGACCUUCUCAAGAAAUUUAAGUUCCUCAAAGGUGCUACCUUGUGUGUCAUCUGCCAAGACAGAAGUUCUUUACGACAAACAAUUGUCCGCUUAGAACUAGAAGAUGAAUGGCAGUUCCGACUUAGGGACGAAUUUCAAACAGCCAAUAGCAGCGAGGACAAGCCUCUCUACUUUCUCACUGGACGCCAUGUCUGAGAAGAGACCAGAAUUAAGGUGGGGGAGGGAGAGGGAGUGAGAUACCAAGUGGGAAUUUUUUUUCUUCUUUUAUGUACAAUCACUGUGGAGCAAAGUGCAACUGUUGUGACUCUACGAUGCCCUCCAAAGAUCUCCCACCACCCGAGCUGGAUACCCCAUGGGCAUCAAUGCCACUUCAGCUCCAACACCAGGACCUGGAACUUAAGGGUGACUCAACCCUAGGCGGUUAUGCAAACUACUUAAAAAAUGGCCUGCCGACUGUGACUGAAGCAACACACUUUGGAGAAGGAAGAGCUUGUGGCUCUCAACAUCGUAUUGUUUUUGUUUUUGUUUUUUUGGGGGGGUGGGUGUUUUGACUUAUCUGUGCUAGGAGAAAAAAAAACUGCUUUUCAGCAUCAGCUAGCCUGAAUGUGUUACAUGAGAUUCACACCAGGGGUGUGACACAGUGAAGAUUAACGUCCGAGGCCUGAAUCCUCAGUUUCUCUUCAAAACUGUACUUUGGUACAGUAUUACUCAGGGGUUUGAAAUGACAGAAUGUAGAAGAUACUUGUAUUUAAAAAAAAAAAGUAGCGUUUGUUCUUUCUCUGUGCAGUGUUAGUUUAAGAUUUGUAAUUUUAUAUGUAUUGAAACUUUUGGCAAAAUUUCCACAGGAGUUAAAAGUUUACUACUUAAACCUGAACAAACAAGGCAGUAAAUGCAGAGCAGGCAUUCUGUGCACGCACAUUUGUGCAGCUUCUAUCUUGUUCCUUUGCUCGUCCCGUUAACUUUACAUUUUCAGAAUCCUUUGCACGUUACAUCGACACAAAUCUCUAACAAGCUGUUUAGUUUGACAGUGAUACUACUUCCUGUGCAAAGAGUAACCUGAGAAUCAUUUGGGUCAUGUAGAGACUUCGGCUCUCCCAUCCAUCCUCUUCUUCCCCUCCCCACAUCCACCCCAAACUGUUGUCCCAUAUGGUUUGAGUUUCUGUAUAGUUGGGCACCAGCAAAACCAAUUUUACUUGACUUUGAUUUCUUAUGAAAUGUCAUGUUUUAGUUUUGUACAUAGCGGAGCCAGUGCAAUUUUGUUUCUUCUCACAUCCUCAUACAUAGCAAGACUUUAAGACAGGUUUGAUUGAAUGUAAAAAUCAACUUUAUGCUAAAUGGAAACUACUCCCUCACUCGCACCUCCACCCCAACUACAAAUACCAAGGUUGAAUGGCAGCAGGGGAGCCAGGUUUCGGACAGGAGGAGAGGGCAACAGGAUGGUCAAGUCUGCUGCCCCCUUUCUCCAGUUCUUGGAAAACCCCACUUCCAUGGAAGCAGUAACCCCAAAUAGCUUUGUUCUUGAUGUAGAAAUGAAAGCUUUAUUUUUUAAAAAUUCAUUUUGCUCAGUUAGUGGUGAGGUAUGUCUGUGUCUACGUAAAGAUUUCCAAAGUUCUUCAAAUUCCUGACAGUCAUCCAGUUAUCCAUUUCUGUCUUCUAGAAUGAACAAAGGCUUGGGGGUUAGUUGGUAAACAGGUCUUAAGCCAAAGUGCUGUGGAAAAUAAAGAGUUCUCAUUUUACAGAAUCACUUUGGAUUUAACCUCUCAGAAAACCCAGUUGCUACUUUGUCCCGCACAUGUUUCUAUGCCGUUUGUAAAGCGAUAAGAGUUAAAGUGGCAAUCUUCCCUUGAACAUACCAUUUAUAAUAAGAUAAAAGUGAAAAAUGGCUAUCUCCCCUUGAACAAACCCUUGAUCCCUGACCUGAAACUACUGAGAAGGGCCUGCUCCAACUGCAUUUACUUAGAACAAAUAGUGUUAAUCAAGCAGCUUUAUUAUCUUGUGAGAAAGAGAUGUUUACAGCUAAUCACAAAACGUAUCUGAUUGAAGCUUGAGGAAAAAUGGUUUGCAGAUCUUUGGGUUUUAAUAGAGCUAACUACAAUGCUGCAAAUGUAGCACAUUUCAAAUGAACAAUUCUUUUUAAACAUUUGUUUUUAAUUGUCCUUCAAAGAGGACCUGCCUUAUAUAUGCUUUAAAGAUAAACCUUAAUUUGUGCAUGGCAGAAUUUCGGAUAUAAAGGUACGUUCUGAAGAGUUUUCAGUUUAGAUAUGAAUGUAUUUCAAAAGUUCCAGUUUGGCUGGCAGGGCUUGAUGCUGACCAAAUCAAGUUAAGCUGUUGUUGUGCAAUACUGCAUUUCGAAUAUUACCUUCUUUUUACUUUAGGGUAAAGUAAGAAACCAUUAGAAAUAGUCUUACCUGGGGAAGAACCUCUUCUGGUUUCUUCGGGCUCCAUGAUCUUAGGACAUUUUCCAGAGUUAUUAUUGUACAUGCAGGACUUCUUAAUGUUUCUGAUACGGGCUGAAUCUCAGCACUGUAGCAGUGCCAGAAUAAAACCAAGAAUCAAACUGUCCCCAGAGGAGAAGGCCGUUAGAAGUCCAACUUGGCCUGCCUUCCCUUUCCAAAAAUUCUGUUAAAGCUUUUAAGUCUUAAAAAUAAAAUUAAAAAUGUCCCAUUGUCAUUAGAAUUGUUUAGCGUUAGAUUCUAAUACAUUAAGGAGAAAAUUGCACAAGCACAGGACACCACGAUCUUACUAGCUAUGCUUUGGGUUGCUUGGUGUGUUUAGCUGUAAGCCUUGCCAUCACUGAGAACAUUGAUGUGGUAUGAAUGUAUUAAAUAGGCCAGCAAAUAAUACUUUACCUGUAGACAUGUUAAAUCUUGGCAUGUUUGACAGUUCACAGGUUAAUACUGAAUGUAAACUAAAAAAAAUCAGAAUGAGAAUCAUUGUAUUCAAUUUUUUUCUGUAAUUUAUGUAAUUGCUUUCUGAUUUUUUUUUUUUUUUUGGAAAGGGGGGCACCUGUGUUACUUUAUUACUGUAAAAUUUUCUUAACCAAAACUUGGUGAAUUUCACUAGUCAGUCUACCUCACAUUUUACUGUUUAUGAUUUUAAAUUGUCUUAAGUUGUGCCUACAGUAUGUUUAUGAUGUACUUUCAUUUAAUUUGGUGAAUGUAUUAAAUUUCCCUUUAAUGAUAUGUUGCAUUUUCUUUAAAUUAUAAGGCCCCCCCCAGAAUGUUAAUCAAAAAGAAAAUCUGUUUUUUAC